AUGCCCUCUGUGGUGGACAAAGCAAGUCAAAGAUCCUUUCAUCGAAAACGAUCCGCCUUCAAAAAGAGCUAUCUUUCUGGAAAGGAGUAUCUGGCCAAGAUCUGCUACCAAUUCAAUUUCCCCUCAAUCACUCCUACCCAUCGUCUGGUUUACCAGCGAUCGGACAUGCCUCGACCCGGCCAAGAUAAACAAGCCAUUGUAACUAGAAAUAAGAGGUCUUCCGAAUCUCCUGAGCCUACUGAGAAUCGACACUCACGACCGAAACAGUCGAGUGGUGGAUCAAAUAAAUCUCAGGUCAGAAAGGACCAGGAGAGCGGUCAGGGCCUUCGAGGUUCUCCUGCCUCUAAAAGCGGUCAAGCCAAUCCAGCCGCUCCUAGUCGCCGCUUAAAGGUUGCUAAAGACUGCACAAAUCUUCUAAGCGUGCCUUUGCCCACCGCCGGUGCAAGGAAAGCCGCCGAUUCCAGAGAAUCCGACGUCAAGCCCACGAACACGUCGGCGGCCUACUUGGAUUACUGUAUCAACAAAGAAGUCAAACGUCGUAAGCAGAACCUCAUUGAUAAUUUGAUGUCUGUAAUCGCGGAAUGUGUUGAACAAAGACUGGAGGCACUCGAAGAAGAGUGCGAUCAAAGUUCAGGAUCGCACUCUUCUUCUAGCGCUGUUCAGAACGGAAAACCCAUCUCUCAUUCGGCCGGCCAGAAGCGGUCAAAGGACCACAGCAGCCGGGAUGAAAGUGAGGACGACGAGGAUGAAGAUGAAGGUGGUUCCCGAAGGAAGCGGGACAACAAGCGAACCAAAACAACGAAAGACGAUACCCGUCCUCGAUUUGCGUGCCCCUACAAUCAGUAUGAUCCUGCGAGAUUUGGAAGCGUAAGGACAUGCUGUGGUCCAGGAUGGAUCAGCAUCUCACGUGUGAAGGAGCAUCUAGAGCGCAAACAUGCUUUGCCUCCUCACCAGUGCCUCAGAUGCCUAUGUCGCUUGGGUGACGCCGAGGCUUUGAAGAAACACCAGCGAGAAAAGAAACCGUGCCAAGUCAAAGAAUCAGACAGUUCUAAACGAAAUCUCUCUGAUGGAUACGAUGAAGAACAAGCAAAAAAGCUGAAGGGAAGACCAAGAAUGCUACCCGUCGCAAAGUGGAGGGAGUGGUAUGGUAUUCUGUUCGAUGUUCAACCUGAUUCUCCUGAAAUUCCUUCACCAUAUCAUGACUCUUCCCGUCCUGGCGCCAAAUUUCCCAUCAAAAUCGAUGAAGUAGAGCACUGGCGUGAAUAUUGGUACCAGGCAAAACCAGCAGUUCGUCACCAUGUCACCAAGACGGUGAAUGAAGCAUUUGGUGACUUUGUACCUCAAAUCAAGGGCGAGGUGAUGCAACGUCUGCAAGAGUUGCCUCGCAUAAUUGCAGAGUUGCUCCCUUUCCCAGGUCUCAACUCCGAAGAAACCUCGACUGCAACCGAUACCAUUGGGCUCUUCGACUGUUUCAACUCCUUUGACCCUAAUGUUUGCAACGGGGACGAUUUUGACUUUAGCGUAUUUGAUACUGGAAUUGACAUCCAGAAUCAGCUCCAGUUGGGUUUCACUGAGUCUUCGGAUUCUUCAGAUACUUAUCUGGCUGGAGACAGCUCGGGCACUUCUGUGGGAGAUGAUACUGCAUACCAGCAAUUCGACUUUAAGCCCGCGAUGCUGACACAGAAUAUCGACUACAAUUUGCCCAGCACACAGUUUUAUCAGCAUCCUUGA